AUGUCAGUUGUGCAGCAUACUGUUGUGCACCCCCAAUGGGAAGGCCACCAGAGGUCGCCUCACAACAUAGCACUGCUAAAGUUGGCAAGGGAAUCGACACUGCCGUUUCCCACACGCCUGACCAAUCAUUUCGAGCUCAGGACAGGACAAAAGCUCUAUGUCUUGGGUUGGGGCCAGGGAGAAGAUGGCCCCGCUCUGGGAGAAGCGAUUUUCACCACACUGAAGACAGAGGUUCAGGAUCUCAUAGAUGGCUCCCAUUGCAACAGAUCAACACUGUGGAGAGGCGAGAUGCCGCAAGGCAUGCUGUGUGGCUUGAACCAUGGACAGACGGCAUCCUGCAUAGCCGAUUCAGGGAGCCCCUUGCUGCUUCUGGAUACGCCAAAGCUCAAAGUGGACAUCGGGAAUCCUCGGUUGGAUUUCUUGGUCGGCCUGAACGUCGAUGGAGCUCCAUGCGGAACGCCAAGGAAGCCCGAUAUCUACAUCGACCUGAGAGCCAACGACAAAUGGAUUGAAUCCGAAAUCGGCAGUUGGCACGCUAGUGAGGAGUUGUGA